AAAAUAAUCUGGCCACACUGGUUGUUUUCUCUCCCUCUGUCACUGUCAUCCAAGGCGUUUGCCACAUGUGAAAUUGCAUCAGCUCUUUUAACACAGUUUUUCGUGGUAAAAAGACUUGCAAGCAACGGCAGCAACAUGACGUUAUCGUGUCGGUUUUACAAACAAAAGUACCCGGAGGUGGAGGAUGUGGUGAUGGUGAACGUGCGCUCGAUCGCCGAGAUGGGCGCGUACGUCUACCUGCUCGAGUACAACAACAUCGAGGGCAUGAUACUGCUGUCCGAGCUGUCCCGCCGGCGCAUCCGCUCGAUCAACAAACUGAUCCGCGUCGGCAAAACGGAACCGGUGGUGGUGAUCCGCGUCGACAAAAACAAGGGCUACAUCGAUCUGUCCAAGCGGCGCGUCUCGCCCGAGGACGUGGAGAAGUGUACGGAGCGGUUCUCCAAGGCGAAGGCGGUCAACUCGAUCCUGCGCCACGUGGCCGACAUUAUGGGCUUCGACAACCAGAAGCUGGAGGAGCUGUACGAGAAGACGGCGUGGUACUUCGAGGAGAAGCACAACUACAAAGUGACCGCGUUCGAUGUGUUCAAGCAGUGUGCCGUUGAUCCUUCGCUGCUGGACGAGUGCGGCCUCGAGCCGGAGGUGAAAGAAUCGCUGCUCAGCAACAUCCAGCGCAAGCUCGUGUCGCAGGCGGUGAAAAUUCGGGCCGACAUCGAGUGCGCCUGCUACGGGUACGAGGGUAUCGAUGCCGUCAAGACGGCGCUCCGUGCCGGGCUGGCACUGUCCACGGAAGAGCUGCCGAUUAAGAUUAACCUCAUCGCUCCCCCGCUCUACGUAAUGACCACAUCCACGCCGGAAAAGGCGGACGGACUGAAGGCGCUCGAAUCGGCAAUUGAGGUGAUCAAAGAGACGAUCGAGAAGCUCGGCGGUGUGUUCAAGGUGCAGAUGGCACCGAAGGUGGUGACCGCCACCGAUGAGGCAGAUCUGGCACGGAAGAUGGAGCGGGCCGAGGCAGAGAACGCCGAAGUGUCCGGCGACGAGGAGGAUGACAACGAGGUGGGCAUCAAGUACAAGAUGGACGACGACGGUGCCGACGACAAGGACGAUAAGGAUAUCGAGUUCGAGGGUAGCGGCGACGAGGAGGACGACAAGCAGGAGGAAUAAUUUGGCACACAGCAUGUUGAGGAGCAUGGGGAGCAUGGGAAUGAUAGUGGUGGUGGUGGUGGAGAUGACGAUGCACAUCAUCCUGCCGGCCGCCGCUAGCCGCGGUGUAAAGAUUCCGUUGAUGAAUAAUCGUCGGGCGUGGAAAAGCGUUCGCCGGAAAAAGGAAAAGUCGAUUGGAUGAUGGUGGUUCGCUUCUGCAAAAGCAACCCAAUUUUCCUCCAAUUUUCCUCCACACAUUUACACACUACAACACACGUGGAUGAUUUGUAUUAAAUCGGUAUAAAUAACAUUCUAAACUCCGAA